CUCUCCAUGCACCAGUGUCUUUCUUUGUGGCAAUGUUGUGACAGAGAGGAGGAAGACAGUAAAAGUGCACUGAUAUGUCUUAAGGCAAGUCAGUGACUGGAGCUAGAGUGAGAGAAUGAGACAGGUUGGACAGGUCAGUCCAGUGGGCAGGUAUUCUGAAUGCUCAUCGGGUGUGGUAAGAGACAGACGGAGAAGAGAUUCAGACAGAAACUAGCAAGAUAGAGAGCUGUGUAUUGCUUGAAAAAGGUUAUUUUGCCAUUUUGAAUUUGCUUUGCGAAGGGUUUUGAACAGAUCGAUCCUAAAGGAAUACCGUUUGACUACGAUCCUUGGACUUGAGUGGAUGAUUGGGCCUUCUGGGACUCAGUGAUGUAAACAUUGCUAUUUGGUUGGCUAGUUAAGGUUUGACAGCAGUAAGACCACAGGAGGUGAGGACGCACAACCAGAGACAUGGCAGAGGCACCAAAGAUUGAACUCUUCAUCAAGGCAAGUGAUGAUGGUGAAGGAGUUGGCAACUGUCCAUUCUGCCAGCGGCUCUUCAUGAUUCUCUGGCUUAAAGGGGUUAAUUUUACCCUCACCACAGUUGACAUGAAGAGAGCUCCAGAGGUUCUGAAGGACCUUGCACCAGGCUCACAGCCCCCAUUCCUCCUUUAUAACGGAGAGGUACGCACUGACACUAACAAGAUCGAAGAGUUUCUGGAAGAGACUUUGGCACCUCCACAAUAUCCUAAACUGUGCUGUCGCUACAAGGAGUCUAACAGUGCUGGUGAUGAUAUCUUCCACAAGUUCUCUGCUUACAUCAAAAACCCCAACCCUGGACUUAAUGACAUGCUGGAAAAGAAAUUUCUGAAGAGCCUGAUGAAGCUGGAUCAGUACUUGCUCACCCCUCUUCCAUACGAGUUGGAUAAGAACCCAAAUCUGACUCAAUCCAGCCGAACCUACCUGGAUGGAGAUUCGCUCACUCUCGCUGACUGCAACCUUCUUCCCAAACUACAUAUCGUAAAGGUUGUGUGUAGGAAAUAUCGUGACUUUGGGAUCCCUGCAGCCCUCACUGGUCUGUCUAAGUACCUGGAGAAAGCCUACCAGCGGGACGAGUUCUGCUACACAUGCCCCAAUGACGCAGAGAUCCUGCUCGCCUACCACUCGGUGGCCAAAUAUCUCAACAAGUAGAUCGAGUAUAGCAGAGGGUAGGGUGGGGCUUGGGAAUGGAGUGGUUCAGAGCAAGCCUGAAUCGUAUGUCUCGUAAAUAAAGUUCUGUGUUAGAGGUUUCAAACCAUCUGUGGUUUGUCGGUGGCGGUUCUUUUUGUACAAAUGAAACAUUAUGUGUAUUGUGAGCAUUUGCUGCUUUCUUUGUUACAUAUUAACAUGUUUGCCUAUUUGUUAUCAUCAUUUUCUCUGCAUGUGCGGAAUCAUUUGUCUGUACAAAUUAGAGUGUAAAUUCUACAAAUUGAAAAAAUAAUGGCAACCAUUUGAGGUUUUUAUUGGUUCCUGGUGAUUUUCUAAUGGUUUGUAAUAGUUACUAAAGGUAUGGGUUAUCACAGUGCAAAUGGUCCUAAUGGUUUAACUGGUGAUGAGCGUGAGUGAUUCUAGAUGUGCAGGUGGUGCUAGAUGAACCUGAAGGUGUCCUACAGGAGUCUGCUGGUCUUUCGUUCUACAGCUCGCUGUAGUAAUGACGAUUUAAUGUACCUAAUAGACAUUUUUGCUUCAGUUAAUCUAGACUGCAGGCUUUUAUCAAGAAAGCGUUCAUGGAUAUCGAUACAGGACUUGCACACCAUUAGGACACGGCAAUUAAAUUAAUUGGGCGGCACAGCGACACAGCAGGAAGUGCUUGCUCUCUCACAGCUCCAGGGUUCCUGGUUUGAUUUUACUGUGUCUAUGUUCGCCCCAUGUUCAUGAUGGGUUUCCUCAAAGCUCAAUGUUUUUCUCCAAAAGCAUGCCAGUAGGCUGAUCAGCUACAGUAUAUGCUAAAUUGCCCAUAGGUGUAAAAGGAUGCACGAUGAACUCCGAAAGACUGUCUUACCAGGACAGACUCCAGGUCCAUGGCCACCUUCAUCCUCCGAGAUAAAGCAGCAACUGAAGAUGAACGAAUUAAUCUAUCUGAGAUCUGUAAAUAAAUCAAGAAUGAGGAAGAGUGGGAAAAAAUAUUUAAUGUAAACCAUUAGGACGAAUUCUUUUAACAAGAUAUACAUUUUAUUCUGUCUUUUAUUAACAUUAACAAGAUUA